AUGGCUUUCGCUAAACUUUCCGCUCUCGUCUUGGCUCUUGGUGCUACUGUCGCGCUUGGCGCACCUAGUCUUAACAAACGCGUCACUUGUGCCACUGGCCAAACGACCGCCAACGAGGCUUGCUGCGCCCUGUUCCCGAUUCUAGAGGACAUACAGACCAACCUCUUUGACGGUGCCCAAUGUGGUGAAGAGGUGCACGAGUCCCUGCGCUUGACAUUCCACGACGCGAUUGCAUUCUCCCCAGCAUUGACCAACGCUGGCCAGUUCGGAGGCGGUGGUGCGGACGGUUCUAUGAUCAUCUUCAGUGACACCGAGCCCAAUUUCCAUGCCAACCUGGGCAUCGAUGAAAUUGUUGAAGCACAGAAGCCGUUUAUCGCUCGUCACAACAUCAGUGCUGCCGACUUCAUUCAAUUCGCUGGUGCCAUCGGCGUCAGCAACUGCGCUGGUGCUCCCCGCUUGAACUUCUUCCUGGGUCGCCCCGAUGCCACCCAGAUUCCACCUGAUGGUCUUGUCCCAGAGCCUUUCGAUAGCGUGGAUAAGAUUCUUAGCAGGAUGGGUGACGCUGGAUUUAGCACCGUUGAAGUCGUCUGGCUGCUUUCCUCCCACACUAUCGCUGCAGCCGAUCUUGUUGACCCCUCCAUUCCUGGAACUCCCUUCGACUCAACUCCAUCUACGUUCGACUCUCAAUUCUUCCUGGAGACAAUGUUGCAAGGGACCGCCUUCCCAGGAACCCCAGGCAACCAGGGUGAAGUUGAGUCGCCUCUCGCAGGUGAAAUGAGACUCCAAUCCGACUUCUUGCUUGCCCGAGACUCCAGGAGUGCCUGUGAAUGGCAGUCCAUGGUCAACAACAUGCCGAAGAUCCAGAACAGAUUCACCCAAGUCAUGAGGAAGCUUUCUCUCCUCGGUCACAACCAGGCUGAUCUCAUCGACUGCUCUGAUGUUAUUCCUGUUCCCAAGACGCUCACCAAGGCCGCCACCUUCCCCGCUGGCAAGAGUCAGGCUGAUGUCGAGAUCGUGGUAGCUGCUACACCCUUCCCAGCUCUCGCCAGCGACCCCGGCCCAGUCACCGCCGUUCCUCCCGUCCCGCCUUCGUAA